CUGUUUGCAUUGGCAGCAUUUUGUGCUGGCAGCAUGUGUCUUCGGGGCUUUAGCCGCGGCAUCCUCACGGAGCUGAACCGAGCGGUGACCAGUGAAGCGGCACAGACCAUGCAAAGGAACCGGCCCCUAGCGAAGGUCUUCGUGAGCCGGCGGAUCCCACGGGAGGCGCUGGGCCUGCUCCGGGACUCGGGCAUCUGUGAUAUUAAACACUGGGAUUCUGAUGACACUGUCCCUCGCGCAGACCUCUUAAAAGGGGUUGGUGGAAUAGAUGGAUUAUACUGUUUGUUGACUGAGAAAAUAGACAAGGAACUUUUAGAUGCUGCAGGACCCAAUCUGAAAGUUAUCAGCACUAUGUCUGUGGGGUUCGAUCAUCUCUCUCUAGAAGAAAUUAAAAAAAGGGGAAUACGAGUGGGCUAUACCCCUGAUGUCCUAACCAAUGCCUCUGCUGAACUCACUGUGGCCUUGCUCCUGGCAACCUCUCGUCGACUGAUGGAGGCAGUAGCUGAAGCCAAAAAUGGUGGCUGGGGCACAUGGAAACCCAUGUGGCUUUGUGGCUAUGGAUUGUCAGACAGUACUGUGGGCAUCGUGGGUCUGGGGAGAAUAGGUUUUGCUGUUGCGCAGCGUUUGAAGCCAUUUGGUGUGAAGAAAUUCCUGUACACAGAUUUUGAGCCAAAACCAGAGGCUGCUGCAGAGAUACAGGCUGAAUACGUGCCCAUGGAUAAAUUGGCAGAGCAAUCAGACUUUGUGACAGUGCACUGUACCUUGACUCCUGAGACAAACGGUUUGUGCAACAAAGAGUUUUUCUCAAAGAUGAAAAGGACGGCCAUUUUUAUCAAUGCUAGCAGAGGAGCUGUGGUGAACCAGGAUGAUCUUUAUCAGGCUUUGAGCACUGGUCAGAUUGCUGGAGCAGGAUUAGACGUCACAGUUCCUGAGCCAUUACCCACCAACCAUCCUCUAUUUGCCCUGAAAAACUGUGUUAUUCUGCCACAUGUUGCAAGUGCCACCAUCGCCACUCGUACUACCAUGGCUGUGCUGGCUGCCAGUAAUCUCCUGGCUGGCCUCAAAGGUGAACCGAUGCCAAAGGAGCUGACCCUGUGAGGUUGGAGGCUGUGCCCUAGCUGUGAGGGAGCAUCUGCUGUAGAUCUUACGACCUGAAACUUUAUGCAAUGCUAAUUGGUUAUAUGGUUAUAAAGGUCUUGUUCAAAUAUUCUGAAGAAAUGAACCUUGCAACUAAUAAAGUUGAAACUGCUGACAAA